AUGGCGUCGACGAACCGACGACUGGCGGAGGACGGGAAGGCCGAAGAAACGACGCAGGUUGAAGCGGCGACGACGGCUUCGGUCGACGCGUCACACCACCACGACGUGACCGAAGGCUGGGCCAAUCUCGAUGAGCUCGCCGCAGGCCCCCCGGUCGAGAAUGUGGCCGGUCGUGCGCGGCUCGAACGAGUGCGCAGCGAGAAGAGACAGCCGCGGCCGUCGGACGACGCGUCGGAGCGUUACGACGUGCCCGAAGGCUGGGGCAAUCUCGACGAGCUCGCCGCCGGGCCUCCGGUCGAGAAUGUCGCCGGAACUGGCCGUCUCGAACAUCUGCGCAGCGAGCAGCAACAGCAGCAACAGCAGCAACAGCAGCAACAUCAGCAACAGCAGCAACAUCAGCAACAUCAGCAGGACCAGCGGGAGAGGCUGGGAGAGGGCGGCGAGAGUCUCUCCACCGAGGCCAAGGGAGACGGCGUGCCAUUCUCAAAGCUCCGAACCGACCUCUACACCGUCUCCUACCUCAUCUUCUUCUCCUUCUUCGGCACGCUGGCGAGGAUCGGCCUGACGAACCUGACGACGUACCCCAACGCGCCCGUCAUCUUCCCCACCGUCUGGGCCAACUUUGGCGGCAGCCUGGUCAUGGGCUUCCUCGCCGAGGACCGCAUGCUCUUUCGACGCGAAUGGGACGCGCCCAUCCUCGGCGGCGGCGGCGGCGGCCGGGACCCGGCGGCCGGGAGAGCCCACCUCGCGGCCAAGAAGACGAUCCCGCUCUACAUCGGCCUCGCCACCGGCUUCUGCGGCAGCUUCACGAGCUUCUCCUCCUUCAUCCGCGACACCUUCCUCGCCCUCUCCAACGACCUCGUCGCCCCCGAGUUCGGCACCGACGCCGUCUCCCGGAACGGCGGGUAUUCCUUCAUGGCCAUGCUGGCUGUCAUCAUCGCCACCGUCGCCCUCUCGCUGUCGGGGCUCUACCUCGGCGCCCACCUGGCCAUCGCCUCGGAGCCCUGGACGCCGACGCUGCCGUUCCCCGCCUUCCUCGACCCGCUCGCCGUCUUCCUCGCCUGGGGUUGCUGGCUGGGUGCCGUCCUCCUGUCCGUCUGGCCGCCCGACGACGACUGGCGCGGCCGGGCCACCUUUGCUCUCGUCUUCGCGCCCCUCGGCUGUCUGCUCCGCUUCUACCUCGCCCUGCGGCUCAACGGCAAGCUUGCCUCAUUUCCGCUCGGCACCUUUGCCGCCAACAUGUUUGGCACCGCCGUGCUGGGCAUGUCGUGGGAUCUCGCCAACGUGCCGCUCGGCGGCCUCCUGGGAUGCCAGCUGCUGCAGGGCGUCGAGGACGGCUUCUGUGGAUGCCUGACGACCGUCUCGACUUGGGUCGUGGAGCUGAGCAGCUUGGGCCGCCGCCAUGCCUACGUCUACGGCACGGCCAGUGUUGUCGGCGCCAUGGCCUUGAUGAUUCCCAUCAUGGGCGGCCUGGGCUGGACCGACGGUUUUCACGCCCUCAGCUGCCACUGA